AUGCCAAAGUUGGAAGAUUGGGAGAUUAAGAAAUAUUGGGAGAUUUUCCAAGGUUUAAAACCAUCCAAUAAUAAAUUGACUGGUGAACAAGUAUCACCUGUGUUAAAGAAUAGUAAAUUAUCCACUGAACAAUUAUCGAAAGUUUGGGAAUUAAGUGAUAUUGAUAGUGAUGGGAAACUAGAUUUUGAAGAGUUUUGCAUUACGAUGAGGUUAAUCUUUGAUUCAUUAAAUGGUAAUAUUACUUCUAUUCCUAAUGAAUUACCUAAUUGGUUAAUUCCCUCUUCUAAAUCUCAUUUAAUUGCGGCUAAUAAAGCUGUAAAUUCCAAUCAGAAUUUAGGAAUAGAUUAUGAUGAUGAUGAAGAUGAAGAUGAUAAAUUAAGUGAUAAUUUCGAAUGGUAUAUUAGUCCAACUGAUAAAGCUACCUAUGAAGCGAUAUAUAACUCCAACAGUGAUUCUUUUGGACGAGUUAAAUUCGAUUCCUUGAAUGGAUUAUAUAAUAGUUUAUCAAAAGUUCCUAGAGCUGAUAUUUCAAGUGCUUGGAAUUUAGUUAAUCCUAAAUCAUUUGAAACCAUUGAUAAAGAUCAAGUAUUGGUGUUUUUACAUAUUUUAAAUCAACGUGAAAAUGGGAAAAGAGUUCCUCGUGGAGUUCCUGCUUCCUUAAGAGCCACAUUUUCAAAAGAAGUACCUAAUUAUGAUCUUCAAAAGCCUGCUCAAGCUGUGAGCAGUAGUAAUGGGAAUAAUGGUACUGAUAAUGGGAAGAAAUCAUUUGCUAGUUCAUAUUUAACCAAGAUUACAGGAAGUUCGAAUCCAAUUAAUGGGACUGAUUUUUCAUCAACGGAAGGAACUGAUUGGGAAGAAGUUAGAUUAAGACGAGAAUUAACUGAUUUAGAGAAUGUAUUAAAUAAAGCCUCUUCAGGAUUAAAACAAGAAAAAUCAAAUGAUAAUGAAUUAGCAAUUGUCAAACAUGAAUUUGAACAAUUAUUAAAAUAUAAACAAUCAAAAUUAAGUCAAAGUUCAGUAAGUGGUAGUACUAGUAAUGGUAAACAAUUAUCUGAAAUUAAAGGUGAUAUUGAAUUAAUUGAAAGUCAUGUAUCUACUUUACAAGAUUAUUUAACUGGUAAACAAAGUGAAUUAAGUCAAUUACAACAAGAAAUUCAAGCUUUAAAAAGUUCGUAG